AUAGAUCGUGGUGCAGCCUGCAUUGAUAGGUAUCCACUGAGCUUGUGUUUUAGGAAUCAAAUGUGCUUAUGUAUCCACAUUUCUGCCACAAAAAUGGCUGACACUGCGGCGCGAAUGUGAAUAAAACUGCCCCUGUCACAUUGUGUUUAGUCCGCAACGCCAGCGAGGCAGCAUAACCUAUAAAUACGCCACCGCAUGGCGAGCUCUGUAUGUGAGGCGACACAAUCCACAGUUAACUAUUGUUGGUGUUCAGAGAACACUCUGACCGUAUCAGGCAGCAGCGGGAAGGGGUGCCUCGCCACCCCUGCAGCGCACAUGCCGCUCCCACGGCCGGAGUCGACCUCCGAGCGGCCGGCGGUCCCAGAGGACACAGAUCGGCGGCGUCCCCCCAGUCGACCGCACCGGACCACACCCAGUCAGCCGGCAUGGGCGUCCCGGUCCACCCCGUCUGCCUGCUGGCCGCGGCGCUGCUCCUCGCGACUGGUACCGGUGCCUCGGUGUUCUCCGCCGAGCAGCUGACUUCAACCUAUUCCAUUCUGGACUCGCGCCAGUGUUUGCCUGAUGACUUUGACCUCUCGAAAGUCCACUCUUCGUCCAGCUGCGAGAACCUCGUCCAGGGGCCGGAUCUGCCCAAGAAGUGUGAGGGCGUCCCCCCACUUGCUCUCUACUACUACUGCCUUGCAAACAGCGAGGGCCAGACCGGCGGCAAGCCUCUGACGGGAUCCGAGCUGAAAGAGGCCGUCUCCUCUAUGUUCUCGGCCAUGCAGGCGCACAAGCUGGGGCUCAGCAGUGACCCGGCCUGGCAGGAGGCCGCCAGACGGACAGUCGGCAACUGUCAGCAGAAGGCCGAGGGUAUGCCGCUGGAACAGACCACCGCGUACGCGCUCCUCUGUAUCCGCUGGUCGCUGUUCGCCGACUGUGACCGCCAGCAGCAGGAGCGCGGAGAGCUGGACGCGGCUGGAGAGCAGCGACAGGCCGCCUUCCUUCAGGCAGACUGCCCGCUCAGCCCCCAGUCUCUGAAAGACGUGCUGGAGGCCGUGACCGGACGCACCUUUGAGCAGUGCGGGCUGGACACAGCCGCGACCUAUGAAGACGUCGUCAACGCGCUGCACUGCCUGAUGGAAAACUUUCUGGACGGUGACUCGUUCGAUUACAAGAAGCUGCUUCAAGCCAUCAUCAGCGCGCUGUUCAAUAACAUCCAGUUCAGCGUCGAGGACGCUGGAAACAUCAUCACUGUAGUCACGGAGUGCAAGGACAGCGAGAGCGCCGAAGAUUUCUUCAAUUGCUGGAUCAAUCUUGGCGUGCUCAGCUGCGCCUUCCAGGAGGCCAACCAGGUGGCAGCCGCCAUCCCCGGCCAGUGCCAGCUGUCCGCCUGAGGGCCAGAGCCCAGAGGGGCUGCAAGGCACGACGGCGUAGCGUCAGCAGCCGACAGGACUGCCAGCAGAAGCUCAUGCAAUCCAUAUUACCUCUGUGGUUGUGGUCAAGUAGGUACUUGUCGCACGAAAGUAUGAUUCAGCGAAAGCUGUUUUGUUUUACCCCAAGGACGAUUACACGUUUAAACCUGUAAAUGUAAUUGUAUCCCAAUGCAACAAAGUGACCAGCAAAAAAAAGCAUAUCUUCCAGGUUCCAGAAUCAUGUCCUUGUGUGUGCUCAGUGCUGUAAUAUCAGUAGCCAGGUUGUUAAUACCAAAGGCUGAACCGUUAUCGCGUCACUGAUAGGUGAGUCAUGACGUCACUGUAUUUACCGCUGUCGGUCUGACGUCAGAACGCUGCGCCGCGCUCUCUGACAGGCUGCGCCACCCUCGCCGCCGUAUGUACCCUCCCUGCUCGGUGCCGCGCACAUGCAGCAUGUUGCCGACUACCGUCUUGAAGGCCCCGGUGUUGGACUGAUGACGUCACGCUGCAGCGUACGUCUGGUGCUGGACCUGUGGGAUUCACUGCUUCUGUUAUUUCGCGUCUGGUAAAACACAAAGGACAGUUAUGUCAACUGAAAAUCGGCUUGCGGGCAAUCGGUGUGUGCUGUCAAAUACAAGCAUGUUGAAAAUCCAA